ACGGAAUCGAACGUAGAGCGAGGCAUCGAAAGAAGAGUAAAUAUGUAUAAAUUGUGAGGGCAAACGAGGCAACCUGUAAAAUAUCCGACCCGAAUCGAACAAGAGGGUAAAAGUUUACGCGAUCUGCCUGCCAUUGUACUCCUACGUGAGCUAAGAACGAAGGUUGAAGGAUAUGGCAACCAACGUUAGAGAAGCCCGAAGAAAGAAGAUCAUGGACCGAGGAGCCGACCGUUUAGCCCUCAUAGCGGGUCGGAUCCAAACCCUCCCUCCUCAUGACGAGAAUACAACAAGCUCAGCCUCAGACCCAUCAUCCCAGCCUUUGAUUUCCAAUGAUCGGGAUCUCCAACCUCAGGUCUCUAAUCAAACCACUGUUUCUCCUCAUGGUGAGGAUGAAGCACCUGGUUCUUUGUUGCUGGAGCCUGAUCCCAUCACUAAUGCCAGUCAGACUAAUGCUUAUGAUGGUGGAAGCAAUUUACCACCUCCCUUGCACAAAUCUGAGACGAGCAUUGAAGCCUUAAGAACCCCUGCUUCAGAGGUCAUUUGCAAAGUACAGUCACCUCUGGUCUCAUCAAUUGAUCAAAAUUCAUCUGCUUCUACUUUGGGCUCAGAACAACAUCUACAGCAACAAGUACAGCGACAUAGAUUUUUUACUCCAAAUCAAAUAAGUUCUGCCAUUGCAGCAUCGGAGAAUAUCCGUCUUUUGUCUUCUGCAACUGUAGCCCUUAUAGUUAUAUUAUCAUAUCUAGGUUUUCCUUUACUAGGUACCUACAUCAUAAAGAGCAUAAUAAGCUUUAGGCCUCUCUAUCUACUUUUGCUAACCAAUGUGACGGCUGUGCUUGCACAACUUCUUUUUGGUAAACAAAGAGGUUUUCAAAGGGCUGCCAGAGAUGAAAAUGAAACUACUCAACUUAAUGGAGGAUAUGGUUGGGCUGAACAAGUAAGCCGGACUUUGGAGACAGGUCUGGUGAUGCAGAAGGCAUUUGAUGCCGUGUUCAUGGAUUGCAGUGUCUAUGCAGUAACUGUAAUAUGUGGCCUCUCCCUCGCACAUCUAUUGCGCUAAUCAGCUGGUAUAGUUUUGUUUGUUUAUUUUGGUUUCUACCAAUUGAUAUCAUUGUAUGAAUUCAUCCUAGCUAAAAUUGGCCAACCUUUCCUUGAACAA